UUUGGGUAGGAAAAAGUCCUUUCGCCUUUAUACAACUGUUCUCCGCCCCUUACAUUGUCGCAGACGUGGUCACCGGAGGUGAAUCGUGGCUACGCUAAAACGAGUUGGCUCAUAUCUCCAUUACCGAACAUCCCUGAGUUUGUUUUCAUUUUCUUUUUUCACAUCUAUUUAGCUUGACGAUCGGUUAAACCUUCUUUCUUCUCCCAUACAACGAAGAUGCAGGCCAGUGAUAGGUUUAACAUAAAUUCCCAGCUGGAGCAUCUGCAGGCCAAAUACGUUGGUACUGGCCACGCAGAUUUGAACAGAUUUGAAUGGGCGGUCAAUAUUCAGCGUGAUAGCUAUGCGUCUUAUGUUGGGCAUUACCCCAUUUUGGCUUACUUUGCCAUUGCUGAGAACGAAUCCAUUGGAAGAGAACGAUACAACUUUAUGCAGAAAAUGCUCUUGCCUUGUGGUCUGCCCCCUGAAAGAGAAGAUGAUUGAAACAUGUUUUUGAGAAGGUUUUUGUUUGUGUGGGGUCCCAGAGUUGUAAUUUGAAUUUAAACUGAGUUGAGUUUAAAGAAAGAAAGUCUAGUUUGAUACUUGUUAAAUUUUAAUAAGAUUGUUUAAGGGUAUCAAGUUGAGAUUUAAAGUCAGUUAAAAAAUAAUUUAAUUUGAGUUAA